CUCUGCCUGCGCCAGGAGCGCGCGGGUGCGCGCGGCCGCGCCCUCUCACAGAUGCCAGCUCGGUCACCCGCACUGAGUCAACAGACUGAGCGCGUCCAGGCCUGACAGCGCUGCGGAUCGGCCCUGAGGUUUAUUCAGAAAACAUGUCCACUGCAAUUAGGGAGGUGGGAGUUUGGAGACAGACCAGAACACUCCUACUGAAGAAUUACUUAAUUAAAUGCAGAACCAAAAAGAGUAGUGUUCAGGAAAUUCUUUUUCCACUAUUUUUUUUAUUUUGGUUAAUAUUAAUUAGCAUGAUGCAUCCAAAUAAGAAAUAUGAAGAAGUGCCUAAUAUAGAACUUAAUCCUAUGGACAAACUUACUCUUUCUAAUCUAAUUCUUGGAUAUACUCCAGUGACUAAUAUUACAAGCAGCAUCAUGCAAAAAGUAUCUACUGAUCAUCUACCUGAUGUUAUAAUUACUGAAGAAUAUACAAAUGAAAAAGAAAUGUUAACAUCCAGUCUUUCUAAGCACAGCAACUUUGUAGGUGUGGUUUUCAAAGACUCCAUGUCCUAUGAACUUCGUUUUUUUCCUGAUAUGAUUCCAGUAUCUUCUAUUUAUAUGGAUUCAAGAGCUGGCUGUUCAAAAUCAUGUGAGGCUGCUCAGUACUGGUCCUCAGGUUUCACAGUUUUACAGGCAUCCAUAGAUGCUGCCAUUAUACAGUUGAAGACCAAUGUUUCUCUUUGGAAGGAGCUGGAGUCAACUAAAGCUGUUAUUAUGGGAGAAACUGCUGUUGUAGAAAUAGAUACCUUUCCCCGAGGAGUAAUUUUAAUAUACCUAGUUAUAGCAUUUUCACCUUUUGGAUACUUUUUGGCAAUUCAUAUCGUAGCAGAAAAAGAAAAAAAAAUAAAAGAAUUUUUAAAGAUAAUGGGACUUCAUGAUACUGCCUUUUGGCUUUCCUGGGUUCUUCUAUAUACAAGUUUAAUUUUUCUUAUGUCCCUUCUUAUGGCAGUCAUUGCAACAGCUUCUUUGUUGUUUCCUCAAAGUAGCAGCAUUGUGAUAUUUCUGCUUUUUUUCCUUUAUGGAUUAUCAUCUGUAUUUUUUGCUUUAAUGCUGACACCUCUUUUUAAAAAAUCAAAACAUGUGGGAAUAGUUGAAUUUUUUAUCACUGUGGCUUUUGGAUUUAUUGGCCUUAUAAUAAUCCUCAUAGAAAGUUUUCCCAAAUCGUUAGUGUGGCUUUUCAGUCCUUUCUGUCACUGUACUUUUGUGAUUGGUAUCGCACAGGUCAUGCAUUUAGAAGAUUUUAAUGAAGGUGCUUUAUUUUCAAAUUUGACUGCGGGCCCAUAUCCUCUAAUUAUUACAAUUAUCAUGCUCACACUUAAUAGUAUAUUCUAUGUCCUCUUGGCUGUCUAUCUUGAUCAAGUCAUUCCAGGGGAAUUUGGUUUACGGAGAUCAUCUUUAUAUUUUCUGAAGCCUUCAUAUUGGUCAAAGAGCAAAAGAAAUUAUGAGGAGUUGUCAGAGGGCAAUGUUAACGGGAAUAUUAGUUUUAGUGAAAUUAUUGAGCCUGUUUCUUCAGAAUUUGUAGGAAAAGAAGCCAUAAGAAUUAGCAGUAUUCAGAAAACAUACAGAAAGAAAGGUGAAAAUGUGGAGGCUUUGAGAAAUUUGUCGUUUGACAUAUACGAGGGUCAGAUUACUGCCUUACUUGGCCACAGUGGAACCGGAAAGAGUACAUUGAUGAAUAUUCUUUGUGGACUCUGCCCACCUUCUGAUGGGUUUGCAUCUAUAUAUGGACACAGAGUCUCAGAAAUAGAUGAAAUGUUUGAAGCAAGAAAAAUGAUUGGCAUUUGUCCACAGUUAGAUAUACACUUUGAUGUUUUGACAGUAGAAGAAAAUUUAUCAAUUUUGGCUUCAAUCAAAGGGAUACCAGCCAACAAUAUAAUACAAGAAGUACAGAAGGUUUUACUAGAUUUAGACAUGCAGACUAUCAAAGAUAACCAAGCUAAAAAAUUAAGUGGUGGUCAAAAAAGAAAGCUGUCAUUAGGAAUUGCUGUUCUUGGGAACCCAAAGAUACUGCUGCUAGAUGAACCAACAGCUGGAAUGGACCCCUGUUCUCGCCAUAUUGUUUGGAAUCUUUUAAAAUACAGAAAAGCCAAUCGGGUGACAGUGUUCAGUACUCAUUUCAUGGAUGAAGCUGACAUUCUUGCAGAUAGGAAAGCUGUGAUAUCACAAGGAAUGCUGAAAUGUGUUGGUUCUUCAAUGUUCCUCAAAAGUAAAUGGGGGAUUGGCUACCGCCUGAGCAUGUACAUAGACAAAUAUUGUGCCACAGAAUCUCUUUCUUCACUGGUUAAACAACAUAUACCUGCAGCUACUUUAUUACAACAGAAUGACCAACAACUUAUGUAUAGCUUGCCUUUCAAGGACAUGGACAAAUUUUCAGGUUUGUUUUCCGCCCUAGACAGUCAUUCAGAUUUGGGUGUCAUUUCUUAUGGUGUUUCCAUGACGACUUUGGAAGAUGUAUUUUUAAAGUUAGAAGUUGAAGCGGAAAUUGACCAAGCAGAUUAUAGUGUAUUUACUCAGCAGCCACUGGAGGAAGAAAUGGAUUCAAAAUCUUUUGAUGAAAUGGAACAGAGCUUACUUAUUCUUUCUGAAACCAAGGCUUCUCUAGUGAGCACCAUGAGCCUUUGGAAACAACAGAUGUAUACAAUAGCAAAGUUUCAUUUCUUUACCUUGAAACGUGAAAGUAAAUCAGUGAGAUCAGUGUUGCUUCUGCUUUUAAUUUUUUUCACAGUUCAGAUUUUUAUGUUUUUGGUGCAUCACUCUUUUAAAAAUGCUGUGGUUCCCAUCAAACUUGUUCCAGACUUAUAUUUUCUAAAACCUGGAGAGAAACCUCAUAAGUACAAAACAAGUCUGCUUCUUCAAAAUUCUACUGACUCAGAGAUCAGUGAUCUUAUUGACUUUUUCACAAGCCAGAACAUAAUGGUGACCAUGAUUAAUGACAGUGACUAUGUAUCCGUGGCUCCCCAUAGUGCGGCUUUAAAUGUGAUGCGUUUAGAAAAGGACUAUGUUUUUGCAGCUGUUUUCAACAGUACUAUGGUUUAUUCUUUACCUAUAUUAGUGAAUAUCAUUAGUAACUACUAUCUUUAUCAUUUAAAUGUGACUGAAACCAUCCAGAUCUGGAGUACCCCAUUCUUUCAAGAAAUUACCGACAUAGUUUUUAAAAUUGAGCUGUAUUUUCAAGCAGCUUUGCUUGGAAUCAUUGUUACUGCAAUGCCACCUUACUUUGCCAUGGAAAAUGCAGAGAAUCAUAAGAUCAAAGCUUAUACUCAACUUAAACUUUCAGGUCUUUUGCCAUCUGCAUAUUGGAUUGGACAAGCUGUUGUGGAUAUCCCCUUAUUUUUUAUCAUUCUUAUUUUGAUGCUAGGAAGCUUAUUGGCAUUUCAUUAUGGAUUGUAUUUUUAUACUGUAAAGUUCCUUGCUGUGGUUUUUUGCCUUAUUGGUUAUGUUCCAUCACUUAUUCUGUUCACUUAUAUUGCUUCUUUCACCUUUAAGAAAAUUUUAAAUACCAAAGAAUUUUGGUCAUUUGUCUAUUCUGUGACAGCGUUGGCUUGUGUUGCAAUCACUGAAAUAACUUUCUUUAUGGGAUACACAAUUGCAACUAUUCUUCAUUAUGCCUUUUGUAUCAUCAUUCCAAUCUAUCCACUUCUAGGUUGCCUGAUUUCUUUCAUAAAGAUUUCUUGGAAGAAUGUACGAAAACAUGUGGACACCUAUAAUCCAUGGGAUAGGCUUUCAGUAGCUGUUAUAUCGCCCUACCUGCAGUGUGUACUGUGGAUUUUCCUCUUACAAUACUAUGAGAAAAAAUAUGGAGGCAGAUCAAUAAGAAAAGAUCCCUUUUUCAGAAACCUUUCAACGAAGUCCAAAAAUAGGAAGCUUCCAGAACCACCAAACAAUGAGGAUGAAGAUGAAGAUGUCAAAGCUGAAAGACUAAAGGUCAAAGAGCUGAUGAGUUGCCAGUGUUGUGAGGAGAAACCAUCCAUUAUGGUCAGCAAUUUGCAUAAAGAAUAUGAUGACAAGAAAGAUUUUCUUCUUUCAAGAAAAGUAAAGAAAGUGGCAACUAAAUACAUCUCUUUCUGUGUGAAAAAAGGAGAGAUCUUAGGACUGCUGGGCCCAAAUGGUGCUGGCAAAAGCACAAUUAUUAAUAUUCUGGUUGGUGAUACUGAACCAACUUCAGGCCAGGUAUUUUUAGGAGAUUAUUCUUCAGAGACAAAUGAAGAUGAUUAUUCCCUGAAGUGUAUGGGUUACUGUCCUCAGAUAAACCCUUUGUGGCCAGAUACAACAUUGCAGGAACAUUUUGAAAUUUAUGGAGCUGUAAAAGGAAUGAGUGCAAGUGACAUGAAAGAAGUCAUAAGUCGAAUAACAAAUGCACUUGAUUUAAAAGAACAUCUUCAGAAAACUGUAAAGAAACUACCUGCAGGAAUCAAACGAAAGUUGUGUUUUGCUCUAAGUAUGCUAGGGAAUCCUCAGAUUACUUUGCUAGAUGAACCAUCUACAGGUAUGGAUCCCAAAGCCAAACAGCACAUGUGGCGAGCGAUUCGAACUGCAUUUAAAAACAAAAAGCGGGCUGCUAUUCUGACCACUCAUUAUAUGGAGGAGGCAGAGGCUGUCUGUGAUCGAGUAGCUAUCAUGGUGUCUGGGCAGUUAAGAUGUAUUGGAACAGUACAACAUCUAAAGAGUAAAUUUGGAAAAGGCUACUUUUUGGAAAUUAAAUUGAAGGACUGGAUAGAAAACCUAGAAGUAGACCGCCUUCAAAGAGAAAUUCAGUAUAUUUUCCCAAAUGCAAGCCGUCAGGAAAGUUUUUCUUCUAUUUUGGCUUAUAAAAUUCCUAAGGAAGAUGUUCAGUCCCUUUCACAAUCUUUUUUUAAGCUGGAAGAAGCUAAACAUGCUUUUGCCAUUGAAGAAUACAGCUUUUCUCAAGCAACAUUGGAACAGGUUUUUGUAGAACUCACUAAAGAACAAGAGGAGGAAGAUAAUAGUUGUGGAACUUUAAACAGUACACUUUGGUGGGAACGAACACAAGAAGACAGAGUAGUAUUUUAAAUGUGUGUUGUUCAGUCUGCUUACUGGGACUUAUUUCUUCACUUAAUUUUAACUUUGGUUUAAAAAGUUUUUUAUUGGAAUGGUAACUGGAGAUCCAUGAACGCACUUGAAAUUUUUCUAAGCUCCUUCUUUGAAAUGCUCUGGUUGUGUGUUUUGCUUUUCUUUAAAUAAAACUUAUGUAUAAUUAAGUGAAACUGCAUGUUUGUGUUGAAGCAUAUUGAACUAUAUAGUUUGUAUGUCAUCUUUUUCACCUUUCAAAAACAGUGCUUCUGAAUUUAUGAUUUAAAGGAAUCAUGAUAGAAUAGUUUUAUUUUGAAGUUAUCUUUAAGUUUAUGCCAUCUUCUUAAAUAAGUAUGUAAUGUUCCAAUCUAAAUAAAAAACUAAUUCAUAA